AUGCGACGCCGGCUGCAAACACUUUUCCAAAGGAAAUUUAGAGUCAGCCUGCUCUUUCUCCUGUUCCUAGCCCUCCUGGUGCACCUGGUGAUGGAUUUGGCUCUCCCUGCAGCCUGCAGGCACUGUGGCUGCAACAUGAAAGCACUGAAAGCCUUCGGUGUCCCAUCAGGCAGCCCUGUGCUGGCCGGCCCCAAAAAGCUGAGCCUGAGAAUCCUUCAGGAUUUUAGCGGCAGCAACAGCUCCUUGGAGAAGAGCUCUCAACUGCAGGGAAGGGCUGGAGAGCUGGGGCAACAGCACCAGCACAGAGAGGGGAAUACAGGGCACACUGAGAGAUCAAAGCUGGAGGCACUCUUCAAGCAUCCUCUUUACAACAUCCCAAUCCCAGCGGUGACAGAGAAAGACAAGCUGUUUGUCGUCAACCCCAUGGAGAAGUUCAGCCUGCACAGCAGCGGGAGUGACGAAUGGGUCAGCAGCAGUAAAGCCGAGACGCUCCUCCCGACAGGGAAGACGGCCUACGACACCUACCCUGCCUGGCUCAAAUUCCACGUUGGCAUCAACCGCUAUGAGCUGUACCCCCGCCGGGACCCCCUGAUGCCCACCCUCCUCCGGGACUUGGCCACACAGAGGAUCGUCAGCUCGGUCCAGAAGUCCGGUGGGACCCAGCUCAAACUCAUCAUGACCUUCCCAAAUUACGGACAGGCCCUCUUCAAGCCCAUGAAGCAGACCCGGGACCAGGAGACCCCCAUCGACUUCUUCUACUUCUCGGACUUUGAGCGGCACAAUGCAGAGAUUGCAGCCUUCCACCUGGACAGGAUCCUGGAUUUCCGGCGAAUCCCCCCAGUUUCUGGCCGUUUGGUCAAUAUAACGAAAGAGAUUCGUGACAUCACCACAGACAAGAAACUGGCCAAGACUUUCUUCAUUUCUCCAGCGGGCAACGUCUGCUUCUACGGGGAGUGCUCCUACUACUGCUCCACCGAGCAUGCCCUCUGUGGCAAGCCGGACCAGCUGGAGGGCUCCAUGGCCGCCCUGCUGCCCGACAAGACCCUGGCCAAGCGCCGCUCCUGGCGCAGCCCCUGGUGCCGCUCCUACCACAAGAGCAAGAAAGCUGAGUGGGAGCUGAACCCCAAGUACUGCGCUCAGGUGCGGGAGACACCACCCUAUGACAGGGGCCAUCGCCUCCUUGACCUCAUCGACAUGACGGUCCUUGAUUUCCUUAUGGGCAAUAUGGAUCGACACCACUACGAGACCUUCGAGAAGUUUGGGAAUGACACUUUCCUACUCCACCUGGACAAUGGCCGCGGCUUCGGCACUCACUCACGUGAUGAACUGUCCAUCCUGGCCCCACUCCAGCAAUGCUGCAGCAUCAAGAAGUCGACCUACCUGCGGCUGCAGCUGCUGGCCACCCCGUCCUACCGCCUGAGUGACCUGCUGCGGGAGGCGCUGGCCACCGAUCCCCUGGCCCCCAUCCUGACCGAGCCCCACUUGCACGCACUGGACCGGCGCCUGGGGAAGGUGCUGGCGGCAGUGGGACACUGCCUGGCCGGGGCAGCCCACCCGGACAAGGUGCUGGUGGAUGAUAUGGGGUCACGGGUGUGA